AUGACUGAAGACUAUACAUCUAUAGAACCAGAAGACCAACUUUGUCACAAAGAAGAGGUGGUCAAAAUUGGAUCCAUUGUUAUUCCAGUUUAUUUCGCUUUGCUGGUUGUGUUUAGUUGCAUUGGUAACCUGCUGGUUCUGGUCAUCCUGGUGCUGUAUGAGAAGUUUAGAUUGCUUAUCAACAUCCUGAUCCUCAAUUUAGCCGUGGCAGAUCUGCUUUUCACUUUUGGACUUCCGUUUUGGGCCUCGUACUACAUCUGGGGUUGGACAUUUGGAGAGGUUGGCUGUAAAGCUGUGAAGUUUCUGUUCUACCUCGGCUUUUACAGCAGCGUGUUGUUCUUGACUGUAAUGACCGUUCAGCGUUACAUGGCAGUGGUUCAUCCUCUGUCUGACUGGGAGAGAUGCAGAGGCUUUUCAGUUGCUCCUUUUAUCGUUUGGAUCCUGAGUGGAACAGCUGCACUCUUAAUCUCCUUUCAUAGCCAAGUCUUAGAACAUGAAGGGGUUCUUUACUGUGAAUUUGACAGUAUUCCAGUGAAGCAUGCUGCUGUUUAUUUACAAAAUGUUUUCUUCUUGAUUGCAUUUUGCAUCAUGGGAUUUUGUCAAGUCAGAAUGUUCCAGAGAAUCACACAAUCCCGAACAAAGCGGCGACAUAAGUCUAUCAAACUAAUAUUCUCCAUCGGGCUGGUAUUCUUCAUCGGUUGGGCUCCAUACAACAUUGUUAUGUUCUUGAGAAUUCAGCAGGAUAAUGGUCUGUCUUCGUUCAUGGACUGUAAUGUAUCCAUUCGUCUUGAUUAUGCAUUUUACGCCUGCCGACUGCUGGCUUUUUCACCUUGUUGCUUAAACCCAGUGCUUUAUGCUCUAAUUGGAGAAAAAUUUCAGAAACAUUUAAAGACAAUAUUGAAGAAAAUGUGUUAAAAAAAUAAAGCAAUUCUGAUCUAUACUGAGAAGAAUUUCCUGUUGUUGUUUUGGUGUGUUUGUUAACUGCAGCACAAAGCAUAACAUACCACACAAAGUUUGGGUUGUCUUUUUUUUUUAUACUGUAUGUAGCAAGUAUGCAUUAAAUUAAUCAAAUGUGACAGUAAAAACAUUUAUGGUGU